AUGGCGACGCGAAACAUAAACACGACGCAGAACCUGAACCGGCAGAGCAUGGCGACGACGAGCGGCAGCGUCGUCAAAACGCGACAGCUGACGCAUCUGCACUCGCAGCUCGCGCAGCUGUCGGCCAAUCUGGCGGACACGGAGAACCUGCUGCGCAUGACGAGCGUCCAGGCCGAGUCGAUGAGGGGUCUGGGGAGCUGGCAUGCUGGGCUGCUCAUGGCGGCGAGCAAGGUGCUUGGGGAGGAGAGCGUCAAGGAGGUGGCGAAGUGA